AUGGCUAAAGAAGCUUUAAUUGCGUUUUUGCUAUCUGCUUUAGCGCUGACUUACAUCUCAUUUUAUAUAUUCUAUUAUAUCAGACCCCCAAGAACAAGUUUAUCAGGAGAUGUAAUAAAUAGCUUAGGCAAACUUGAUAUCAAUAAAGAAUGAAAAUGACACAGAUGAAUAUCGCAUUCCUAACUGCACUACUGAAUAUUGCUCAUGAAAUGUAUUUAUUUCAAAUCAGCAGUUCAAAUUGAAUCAUUCUAAUUUUAAUCAAUUAAUUGAAUCUGCAGAUGAACAACUAGCAACAUUUUUAGACCCAAAUGACCCUCCCUUGAAAUGUAUGCCAGAAAAAUUUGGGUAUAGCCGUAAGGACGCAAUUAAUAUAUUUCCAGACAUUCCUUGGCCUACUUGCGCAGAUAAAAUAAAAGUUCAUAAAAAAAUAAUUGAUAUUGAUCCAUUCACAAAUAAGCUUACCAUGGAUUGUGACAAAGAAGAAGGGAUUUACUAUUUGGGAAUUGAUCCAAAUGAUGAAAGACUUGGAUAUGAAAAAUUCGAAGGGUCUGUGAAAGAAUAUCACGGAAAGCCAGUAGAGCUAAAAAAUAAUGAGGAAUGGGCAUUUGGGUCUUGUGACACAACUAAAAAAACUAUGCUAGAAGGCGCAGUUUAUUCUCAUAGACCAAAUGCUACAUCUAUAAAAAGAACAAAAGAAAAAAUGAAAGAAAUGCAAGAAAGAGCUAAAGAAAAAUACAACUCUCGCACCACAAAACCAUUAACUGUAUUAAUGCUUGUUUUUGACUCAUUAUCGAGGAGGCACUUUUACCGCAAACUUCCACACACUCAAGAAUUUUUAAAUAAUAUCGACUCAAACAAAUUCAGUGUUUUUGAUUUUAAAAUCCACAAUGUAAUGGGUGAUAACUCUCUUCCUAACGUAUAUACCAUUUUACAAUUAAUAUAAGCUAGCCUUUGCUAUAUUUUUAUUUACUAAAUGAAAUAAAAAAUAAUCUUAAUAUUUAUUGUAUGGAAUAUCCUGUAUGAACCGGAAAAACCUUAAUUGAUUUAUCAAGACAAGAAAAAUACGAAAAUAAAGUCCAAAUGAAAGAUCUUAUUGGGCCUGACGCUUUUUGGUAUUACUUAAAAGAAAAAGGCUGGAUGACUUUAUUCAGCACAGAAUUUUGUGAUGAUUAUUUUUCAUUUAAAACAGGACGAAAAAUAGACGCAGAUCAUGUAAUGGCGAUGUUUUGGUGUGCCGCAGAAAGAUUUUCUGGGUUUGAUGACCUUGGACAGACUCAAAGAUGUAUAGGGAACCAAAAUUCCCAUUACCACAAUUUAAAUUAUACAUAUCAAUUUGUCCAUAAUUAUCAAGGUCUUAAUAAGUGGGCCCACAUUAUGAGUCUUCCUGGGCAUGAAGACUCAGGGACUGUUAUAUCAACUUUAGAUGAUGAUUUAGUCGAAAUUUUAGGAAAACUGCUAGAAGAAAAGGACGAAACUGUUAUAUUCCUUAUGGCAGAUCAUGGAAUGAGAUAUGGAGACUGGUAUAAGCUGCUUGAAGGGUCAAUUGAGCACAAAUUGCCUAUGCUGUUUAUGAUUGCUUCUAACUCUUUGUUAGAUGACAUUAAAAACAGCUAUGACUCGCUUUACCACAACUCAUUUAGGCUCAUUUCUAAAUUUGACCUUCAUAAAUCGCUGAAGCAUUUAGCUCAUCUUCCUUAUUAUAGAGGUUACACAAAAACAUCAGAAGACUAUCUAUCUUGGGAAGCAGACAGUAAUAAAUCAAUGAGCUUAUUUUUAGAUAAAGUGCCUAAUGACAGAAGUUGUGCUGAUAUUCAUAUUGAGCCAUUUUUCUGCUCAUGUUUAUCCUUUGAAAAAAUUGAGCCUGAUGUAUAUGACAGCAGCGCAGAGCUUUCAGUAAAAAAUAAAAAAAUCCGAAGACUGCUUAUAGAUAUCGCAAAUUACGUAAUAAUUUUGGUAAAUGAAGAGUCCACAACUUCAUUUAAAUCCCAUAGUUUUCACAUAUGCCAAAGAGUGACUUUUAAACAAAUAGAAUCAGUUGAAUGGCUGAAGCUUGACAAUAAUAAGCAUUUCUAUAAAAUUGUCAUAACAAUUAACGAAAAUCCAGCUGUGAGGUUUGAAAGUGUAGCAAUGGUGACUUCUGAGUAUGUCACUGAAAGACGCCUAAUUGAAGGGUUUUUAUUCCAAAAAGUCUAUUUAAACGGGAAAAGGACUUUAAGAAUGAUCUAUAUCAGAAGACAAGACGUUUAUGGAGGACUAUGUGAAGAGAUGUGCAAAAUCAAGCAAAUCCAGCCAUCAUUAUGCAUAUGCCAUAAGCUUGAUACAAUAAAAUACAACGAGCCUAGCCUAGUCGAUACACUAGCAAAACCAUACACAAAUUAUGAAGGCUUAGCUGGAGAAAGCUGUACAGAAACAUGUUCUAAAGUUGGAAAACUUUGUGAUCCAAUUGGAAUUAAUUUAUUAAACACCUGCAGUGAAGCUAUGAGACUAUUAAAUUGUAAAAGCUGCUUGGAAUCAGAAGAAAGCUCACUGCCAGCCAAGCAGGAUGGGGUCUGCUAUUUAUAUAAAGGAACAAGAUUUUCAUGUGCUGCCAAAAGUUCACUUUUAAACAGAGCAUGUGCUUGCAAACACAAUUAA